GUGGUGGGUAGUUCACUUUUUUUAUCGUCCGAAAGUAAUGACUACGGGCGGGGAAGUUCAACGUUUCUUUUUUGUUCUCCACUCUGCUAAGCAAAAGCAAUAUAAGUUAUUAGUGGUGGGGAAAAAACAAUUACCGACCGCCGAAGAAGGAAGUUAUUUUUCGUUUGUCGAGGCUAGAAAAUUACGCAAGGAAGAUUUACUGGUGUCUCUUGCUGAAAAACAUUAUCAUACCAAAACUCGUGGUGAGCGGUCUUUACCUCCGGCUCGUUGUCUGGGCGAAGGAAAAUAUCUCUUGGAAGAAUUUAAUUUACAAAAAGAAGGUGAUUAUUUAAUUAGUGUUAAAAAUCCGGAACAAAGUUCUCCACCAGGGACAGGAUUAGUAGAAAAACAAAAAGUUAAGUAUCCAUCGGAACUUCAAGAAAAAUUUACUAAUCAUCGUUUUAUUCCUUUAACCUGUCCCGAAUUUUUGGAUUAUGAAGGCACUGAAUUAUUAUUGAUCCCUAAAAGAAAAUCUCUUCUCACCGAGCAAGAUUGUUGGGAAGAAAUAAAACCCGACGACUUGAUAAAGGAGUUAGCCAAAAUCAGAACGGCCGGCGAGUUAUUUAAACAAAACAGAUAUUACGUGUUAAAUAAAACUGACGAAAAUCUUGGCGAGCGGGAAGAUAAUUUACGUUUGAUACAGUUGGUUGAAAGUUACCAAUCUGUUUCAAUAGGAGGAAAUGUUUGUAGUAGGUGUGGCAAGGUAUACCGAAGUGACGAGAAAAUAAAAGCGUUAUUAACACAAGGAAUCGAAUUAGGAAUUGAUUUUACGGUAGGCAAGAUAAUAGACAAAGGAAUUGAAAAAUUGUUAGAUAAGCCAGCAAGAAUUUUUUUAACGCAAAUAUCUAUCAAAAAAAUGGAAAUGAAAUACAACUUAAAAAGUUGUGUCGCAGCAGACAUUUUUAUUCAUUAUUUGGUUUUGUGCAAAACUAAAACUGACCCUUAUCCCAAGUUAAAAAAGUGGAUUGGAAAGGGUAUUGAGAUAAUAGACGCAUGA